UUAUAGCCCCUCGAUCAAAGGGCAAUUUUCGAAGAGAUUUAGAAAAAAGGCAAAAAAAUUUCAUAAAAAUUCAGAAAAAUUCAGAAAAACACAGAAAAAAACGAAAAUUCAGAAAUACACAAAAAUACAUUUUAAUAAUUUUUACCUCAAUUUAUUUAUCAUUUUCCAUCCCUCAAAAAAACUAAAAAAAAAUUUUAGUGGUAAAAAUAAAUUAGCUACUACAUAUACCAAAAUCUUUUCGCAUCCCUCCACCUACUUUUCUCCUUUUUUAAUUUAAUUAUUUUUUGUGAUUACUUCUAUUUUCUAUCUACGCAUUGUAAUCAAUUAAAUAAAGAAUUAUAUAUUUUUAACAUUUCUUCUUUCCCACACAAAAUGCGCAUUUUUUCUAUUUUACCUAAUUUUUAAUUGAAAAUUAAAAAAAAUUAUUUUUAAAUUUAUUUAACUUAGUCUAGUUUUUUGACCAUAACUUUUUUGUUAGAUUUCCUAAAUUUCUGAUCUUUAGCUUAUUUUGUAGCCCAUUUUCUCCUCUAUCAGAUGAUCUUUAAAUUAUUUAAAAUGGUCGAUCCAUUCUUGAGUUAUAAGGCUAAAACUUACCUAUUGUCGUACAUCAGAUUUCAACCUCAAUGUUAUUUUCUCGCCCAUAACUCUUUUAAUUAUCAGCCGAAAAUUUUUAUUUUAAUUAUUUUGGUAGCUUAUUUUCUCCUCUAUUUAAUGAUACUAAAACGACUUUUUAAGGUUAAUCCAUUCUCGAGAUAUACCACUAAAACUUGAUCAAAGUCACCCUCUAUUUUCUCGCUCCAACAUUACUUUAUCGACCACAACUUUUUCUGAAUAUUUUCUAAAUAAUUAACUAUCCGCUUAUUUUGUAGCAAAUUUUCUCCUCUUUCGAAUGAUACUAAAAGCAAUUUAAAAUAUUAAUCCAUUCUUGAGAUAUAAGCCUAAAAGUUGACCAAGGUCACACAUAAUAUUCUCUCUAAAGGCUAGUUUUUAGAAUAUAACUUUUUCUGAAUAUUUUCUAAAUUAUUAAUUAUCAGCUUAUUUUGUAGCAAAUUUUCUCCUCUUUCGAAUGGUACCAAAAGUUAUUUAAAAUAUUAAACCAUUCUUGAGAUAUAAGCCUAAAAGUUGAUCAAGGUCACACGCAAUAGGCUGGUCUCUUGAAUAUACCCCUUUUUCAAUUUUUUGUCCACAACAUUUUUUCUCCUUUCUCUCAAAUUCUGCUUUCCAGCUUAUUUUAUAGCAAAUUCUCUCCUCUAUCAAAUGAUACCAAAUUUACCAAAAAUGAUUCAUCCAUUCACGAGUUUGAUUUUUUCAAAGUUUUUAAAGUUGAGAGG